ACUGGUGGAUCAAGAUCCACUGGUUGGUGACCACUGCCCUACACCAAGACUUUGCAGCCUUGGUUUAUCAACUGUUCAAUCAGUCACUUUCAUUCUGGGAAAUAUCUUUCAUCCACAGUGCCUCAUGUUCUGAAUAUCCAUUCCCUAGAAUACAGUACAAAACAUUGUACCUGAUAUAUUUCAGGGAAGAGUAAGGGGAUUCAUUUUAUUUAUUUAUUUAUUCAUUUGAUUAAUAUGCCAUGCUUCCCAACAAGGUACAGGGCAGCUUACAGUACAAAAACAGAAUAACUUAAAAACAGGAGAGUGACAAGAGAACCAAAAUAACUUAACAAGGUACUAGAAAAUCUCCUAAACAUGCCAUCUUAGUUUUGUUUGGUGCAUGCUUACCCACAUGCAAAGGUCUUACAGUGCUUCUGACAGAUUUUCGGGCUUUGGCUGUGGCAGACUUUAAAAGGGAGGGAGUUCCAGAGCUGAGGACUGCAGAGAAUGACUUCAGCAUGUUUUCACCAACCAGACCUGGUUUCAUAAUGGUACUUAUAGGACAUUGCUCUUGUCUGACCUUAUGGAUCAUGAUGGCACAUAAAGAUGUCAUAAAUAGGUUUAGUUUCUCUAUGGCACAUUGUUUCACCUAUAUUCUCCUCUAUCCUCACAUAUUUCUGACGUCCCAAAUUAUGGUCAAAAUGCAAAAUUUACAGGAUUAUGUUCCACAGUUCUCUCUCCUGGUUAUCUUUUAGAACUCUAACAACACAGAGGAAACCCUAAAGUUUAUUAAUUUUCUGCAACAAUAAUUCUGUAUGGGGGAAUGAAGUAGAAUGAAGUAAGGAAUUUAAAUGGUUUUAGAGGGGAUAAAAUUACUUCUAAUUCUCAUGCAUCUUAUAAUUAUGUCUGCAGAGCAAAUACCAGGGAGUGAGAAGGGCUAUUUAAGCUAAACAGUAUCAGCACAAGAUCAAACAUUGAAAACCUAGCUAUGAACAAAUUUAAAUUAGAAUUUAGAAGCAAGUUUCUAACAAGCAGAGGAGUUAAGUUUUGGAAUGAUCUUCCAAACAAAGUAGUGGCAAAUCUGAGUCGCUUGCAGGUUUAUGCAAAGGGAAUAUGAUGGGACAGGUGAUCUUGGAUCAAUAAUCUAUAUAUAAUCCAUACAUUGUGUGGAUUCUAGUAUAGUAUAUCUUAUCAUUGUGUUAGGAGUGAAAGGUACCUACCUGGAGGUGCCUGGUAAUCCCAGGCUUUUACUGUCACCUGCAUGUUCCAAGAAGAAAUUUGUUCAUUCCUGGGUGCUUUAUUGGGUUGGGCACAGGGGAGGGUGUUUUUCUUUCUCUAAACAUGUGAACAUUGGCCACUCCCACUGGAGUGGGAGUUUUGACUCGGGUGCUUCUGCCAGUAUUUGAAAACAUAUCAGGUACCUGGCUGGACAAUCCUGCUGUUCCAUUCAGGGUCAAGCCAAUAGCCAGAUCAGGAAGGAAUUUUUCCCCAGGUCAAAUUAGCAAGGACUGCAGGGGUUUUCACCCUCCUUUGUAAUGCAGGGCACAUAUUAAUGUAAUAGCUUCUCUUCCACUAUAGAGGCAGGCUAGUGGGUGCACACUUAUCUUCCUUGCCUCCCCCCCCACCUGUGGCACUCUAGGGUAUCUGGGUGCUUGUUUUCAUAACCUGCUUUGUUACUGUCGUGGGUGUAAGGGGCUGGAGUGGCAGUUUUUAGAUCACUGGAAAAACGGUUGCACAAAUGAUGGUCUACUCAACAUCCCCAAAGCCCCAUUUAAUUCCCAUGGAUUCUCUUUCUAUUCUUCUUAUCCAAGAUUUUUAUAUAUCAACAGCAAAGAAUGUAAAUGUCAGGAGUAUUGGUACAAAUAUAUAAACAGACUAAACUGAGCCAAUAUUCUUGUUCUGUUUUACAUAGCCAGCAAAGACUGCUAUUUUGUCACCGAAUGAUCCCAGAGUUGGAAACCCAGGCUACUGUAAGUAACCAACAGAAUUCCUCAUCUAACUAUCACCAAUAAUGCCUGACUCUCCUCUGAAUGACUUUACAUGGACCAUAACAUUUCACCCAUUAAAUCAAUAAAUGUUCCGUUCUCCCUGAACAGUAGAAGCCAAAAAUGACAAGUAAAGACACAGGCUGUCAAUACUGCAUGGAAUCCCUUCAUGGAAGGAAGUUUGCGCUGAAAGAAGAGAAUGCUUACUGUGUUACAUGUUACGACAGCCUUUUUGCCAACUCCUGCGAAGAGUGCAAGAUGCCUAUUAAAUGUGAUUCCAAGGACCUCGCCUAUAAAGGCCGCCACUGGCAUGAAGCGUGUUUCAAGUGUGCCAAAUGCAAUCACUCUUUGGUGGAAAAGCCUUUCGCUGCCAAGGACGAGCUCUUGCUGUGUACUGAGUGUUAUUCUAAUAUGUAUUCAUCUAAGUGUUUCCACUGUAAGAAGACCAUUAUGCCUGGUUCUCGUAAAAUGGAAUUUAAAGGAAGUUCCUGGCAUGAAACCUGUUUUGUUUGUCAAUACUGCCGGCAACCAUUAGGAACAAAGCCUUUGAUUACACAGGACAAUGAGAAUUAUUGUGUGCCAUGUUUUGAGAAGCAGUUUGCUCACCAUUGCUACUCCUGCAAGAAGGUAAUAACUACUGGCGGGGUGACCUUUAAUAACCAACCAUGGCAUAAAGAAUGCUUUCUGUGUGCUGGCUGCAAGCAGCAGUUGUCUGGACAACGCUUUAUUUCCAAAGGCGAAUAUCCAUAUUGCUUGGACUGCUUCAGCAAUCUUUAUGCAAAGAAAUGUUCAGCCUGCAACAACGCUAUUACUGCUCUUGGAGAUGCCAAAUUUAUCUCAUUUGAAGACCGCCAGUGGCACAAUGAAUGCUUUAACUGUGUUAAAUGUUCCAUCUCACUGGUGGGUCAAGGAUUCCUUUCCCAGCAGGAUGAUAUCCUUUGUCGUGAAUGUGGCUCAGCUAUGUAGUUAGAGAAAGAGAUGCAUUAUUCUCACACAUUCUAGCCAUGUACUUCAUUACCCUGUAGUGAGAAAUUCUUCUAAAUGAUACAGGAGUUCUUUAGUCAUUCAAGUCACUAUUAACAGUUUAAUUCUGUCACAAGGCUCAACUGCUCUAUGCAUGCUUUAUAUCAUGUAAAAAGAUUUUAAGCCAAACAGUACUGGCUAAGCAAACUAUUCAAAAGGGAUUUGUAUAUACUUUUAACCUAAAUACAGUCCAUUUCUUCUUAUAAUGCAGUGCACUCUGCUGUUGAGAGCUUAAAAAUUUACAUUUUAUCUUACUUAAACCAAAAAUGAACAUGAAAGUCUAUAUUGGAGGGAUGAUCUGUGACAUUAGUGAGGUGAUACCAGUACACUACUAAUUCAGACUCUAGUGUAGAAAAGUAGGAACAGCUGUUCCUCACUAAGCCACAAUAUUUAAUCAGAAUAAUGUCCCACCUCCCUCCUAUGCCGCAACACUGCCAUGCCGACAAAGGCAACAACUGGCAAACCUUGCCUUGUGCAGCAGCUAGAAGGAGAAAUGCCUGCGGUACAAGAAAAAAGAGAAAAGCUGCAUUACUUCUUCAAAGCGAGCAGCUAGCCAGUACAAGGCCAAGAGGAUCAAGAAAAGGGACAGCUUACAUUUCUUCCACAGCCUUCAUUAAUCAAUAUAUUACAGAGCUGCUAAAGAGAUAUAUAAUGUUUACACUCAUUUUAAGAUAAACCAGAAUUCCUUUACACAGCUGUAUUCUUGGGCAAUGAACCACUUGCUUUUCCAGAUUUCUGAAUAUCAAUAUACUGUAUGUUAAAUAAGCAGCUUGUAAAAAAUGUGAAGUUCUGGCAUGCCACGGGUGUAUGUCAAAAGUUCCAGGUGCAUAUUUAGAGAUUCCAGAGGUAAAUGACAUUUUUAUGACUGCCAUUUCCUAUUUGUUGAUAAACAGUUUCUGUUUAUCUCCUAGAACACAAUAUAACAGAGUUCAGCAAAAGUCUGCAAAAACUGGUUUAAGUAUAGUUGAUUCUGAUUUGAG